AUGAAAACCGCAUUAGCUAUUAUUUUCGUUGUCCGUCUUGGUGCCUGUUUGGCCACAGAUUAUCGUUUAGCAUUCAUUGAUCAAUUACUUGAACAACGACAGUUAGCAGCACAAUCAAUGUUAAACUUGCUUUCACAACAAUUACAAAAUUUAGCUAACAGUUUAGAUAAUUUAUUAGAACAACUCAUCGGUGGAUUCAUAAAUCAACUCAGUGGUACAUUGGGAAGUAUCCUCAAUCUCUCCAGUAUCCUCGGUGGUCGCGGAAGUGAUUUUCUUUCAACAAGCUUCGAUGACUUCUUUCAAUCAAUCAGUGAUGCCCUUGGUGGUUUAGGAGACUACUUCGUAAAUCAACGUUUAUCAGCAGUUUUAGGAGCUAUUUGUGGUGGGUGUAGUAUUCAAGAUAUCUCAGAUGCUGGACAAACUGCCCUAUCCGGUAUCGUUAAUAACUUAACAGGUGUUGUUAGUGAACCUUUAGCUGGAUUAAAACCACACUAG